AUGACUACUGUACCAUCUGUUCAUAUCAAAUUGCCAAACGGUGUGGAGUAUGACCAACCAACUGGUUUGUUCAUCGACAACCAGUUCGUUGCAUCUAGCUCUGGUAAGACUUUCCCAGUCUACAGUCCAUCCACCGAGGAGAAGAUCUGUGACUUGCAAGAGGCUGACCGCGAUGACGUUGAGAUUGCUACACAAAGUGCUUACAAGGCCUUUAAGAAGUGGUCUACUGUCGAGCCAAAGGUUAGAGCUACAGCUCUUUUGAAGUUGGCUGACUUGAUUGAAGAGGAAAAGGAGACUUUGAAAGCUAUUGAGGCCUUGGACAACGGUAAGUCUCUUUUCUGUGCCGGUUUCGAUGUCGGUAUUGUUAUCGACUACAUUAGAUCCUGUGCUGGUUACACCAACACCAUUGACGGUAGAACUAUCAACACUGGUGACACUCACUUGUCUUACACUAGAAGAGAACCUUUGGGUGUCUGUGGUCAAAUCAUCCCAUGGAAUUUCCCACUUUUGAUGUGGUCUUGGAAGAUUGGUCCAGCUUUAGCCACUGGUAACACUGUUGUCUUGAAGCCAGCCUCUGCUACACCAUUAUCAGCCUUAUACGCCGCUUCUUUGGCUGUUAAGGCUGGUAUCCCACCAGGUGUUAUUCAAAUCGUUCCAGGCUCUGGUAGAAAGUGUGGUGACGCUAUUUUGAGACACCCAUUGAUCAAGAAGAUUGCCUUCACUGGUUCCACAGCCAUUGGUAGAGACGUCAUGAUUGCUGCUGCUGAGUCCAACUUGAAGAAGGUUACUUUGGAGCUCGGUGGUAAGUCUCCAAAUAUCGUUUUCAAUGAUGCUGACCUUGACACUACUGUUCAGCACUUGAUUGCUGGUAUCUUCUUCAACUCUGGUGAAGUUUGCUGUGCUGGUUCCAGAAUCUACGUCCAAGAGGGUAUCUAUGACAAAUUGCUUGCUAAGUUCAAAGAGGAGGUUGAGAAGCUCAAGGUUGGUAACCCAUUCGAGGAGGGUGUCUUCCAAGGUGCUCAAACCACCCCAGAUCAAUUUGAGUCUGUCUUGAGCUACAUCGAGAAGGGUAAGGCUGAAGGUGCUAAGUUGUUGACUGGUGGUAAUAGAAUUGGUAACAAGGGUUACUUCCUCGAGCCAACCGUGUUCAUUGACUGUGACGACGACCACACCAUUGUAAAGGAGGAGAUCUUCGGUCCAGUUGCUGCUGUCUGUAAGUUCAAGUACAUUGACGAGGUUAUCGAGAGAGCCAACAAUUCGGAAUACGGUUUGGCCUCUGGUAUCCACACAACUGACAUCAACAAGGCAUUGGAUGUUUCCCAGAGAUUGGAGGCUGGUAUCUGUUGGAUCAACACUUACAACGAUCUUCACCACCAGGUUCCAUUCGGUGGUUACAAGGAAUCUGGUAUUGGUAGAGAGAUGGGUUCUGAAGCAUUGGACAACUACACCCAAAUCAAGGCUGUCAGAAUUAAGAUCACCAGAAAGAACGAGUAA